UCGGUAUAAAAGCACAGGUUGAAUUGUUGCUCAUCUACACUACAGCCUUGUUCCAGUGUGAGACACCACAUCAGCAGAGUAAACAUGGAGCUUUUGGUGACCAGAAGUCUGUAUCUGUGCGCUCUGUUUGCUCUCUCCUUGGCAGCACCGCUACAAGAUGCUGCUGUUGAAGAUGGAGGUUCCAGCCCUGCAGUUCCAGAUCGAUGUGCUGGUAUUGAGUUUGAUGCCAUCACACCCGAUGAAAAAGGAACUGCCCUCUUCUUUAUAGGGGACCAUCUGUGGACUGGCUUCACUGGUCCAGCUCAGCUCUCCAAUCUGCACUUUAGGGGGCUGAGUGGUGCUGUCAACGCCGCUUUCCGCAUGCACAACACUGAAAAUCCAGAUGACCACGAUCACAUCUACCUUUUCCAGAACGAUAAAGUGUACAGUUAUUUCAACCAAAAUCUGGAGGAAGGGUAUCCAAAACAAAUACAAGAGGAUUUUCCUGGAGUGCCCACUCACCUGGACGCUGCAGUGGAGUGUCCCAAGGGAGAGUGCGUGACUGAUUCGGUUUUAUUCUUUAAAGGACAUGAUGUGCAUGUGUAUGAUAUUGCCACAAAGACCGUGAAAACCAAGACCUGGUCACACCUGCCCUCGUGCAAGUCUGCCUUCCGCUGGCUUGAGCACUACUACUGUUUCCACGGACAUAACUUCACCCGCUUCCACCCCAUCUCAGGAGAGGUGACUGGUACUUACCCCAAGGAUGCACGACAUUACUUCAUGAGCUGCCCCAACUUUGGUCACGGAGGUGAUCGUAAACCCCUAAAAUGCAGUGACGUCAAGCUGGAGGCAGCCACCACAGAUGAUGGAGGAAGGAAGUAUUUCUUUACAGGUAGAGUGUACCUGCGUGUUGACACACACCGCGAUGGGUUUCAUCCCUUCCCAAUAACUAGGGGAUGGAAAGAAGUCAAUGACGGGGUCGAUGCCGUUUUCUCCUACUCUAACAGGAUGUACUUGAUUAAGGGGGAUCAGGUGUACAUCUAUAAAGCAGACGCUCACUUCACCUUGAUUGAAGGCUACCCUAAAACCGUGAAGGAGGAGUUGGGCAUUGAGGGCCCUGUGGAUGCUGCUUUUGUAUGCCCAAAUCAACACACUGUUCAUAUAAUUCAAGGGAACAUGAUGCGUAACAUCGACCUUACUGCCACACCCAGGGUCAUCGACAGAGAACUGCCAUUGCCGCUAUCCGACAUAGACGCCGGUCUGUGCGGUGAAAAUGGAAUCAAUCUAUUUAAAGGCUCACAGUUUUAUCACUAUGAAAGCGCCAUGAUACUGGCGGCAGGAAGGAUCGCCCCUCAGCCCCAGGCCAUAACCUCAGCAAUGAUGGGAUGCCAGGAUUAGGGAACAGUCACAAACACGUUCAAAUAAACAUCAUAAAACAAACCAUAAAUAAAUAAUACCCUAUUAGAAUAACCUCUGGCAUGGAAUUAAAAUAAAUGGAGCAAAGUAAGGUAAAUAAGUGGAACCUUGGAAAAGCCUUGUUUCAAAGUUUGUCUUUGAUUUGGUGAAUAAAAAGAAAGAAAAAAAAAAAA